AGGAUGAUUUUUUUUUUUAAUCAUUCCUUGGUUUGGAAAAGGAGGAAGCAUCUCCAACUUCUGCCUCCGAAAAAAUAAAGAAAGAAAGAAUCAUUUGUGAGUCUGUGCUCACUGGAGCGUAGUGCGCGCUCUUCGCUGGAGGAGAGGAGCAUCUGGAUAUUGCUGUGAGUUACCUCUUGCAGUUCAAGAUUUUUCCAGGAGUUGAGGGACUACAUUUAAAAAAAACUGCCAUACUAGAGAGCAAGCUGUUUGCAACAAACAGAAAGGCGAGAGGGAGGAGAAACAGAAUUAAAGGAGCGGAGAGAGGAGAGGUGACUUGGCCGAAACGACAUGUUUGGCAUGUUUAAGAAUUCACUCUUCGGAAACACCGAGGAGACGGAAUAUAAGCUGCUCAGCAGCGAGACGAAGGAUGGAGUCAGCUUUGAGGUGCGACGGUAUGAUGCUGCCAAGUUUGCUGCUGUUUCAUCUGAGGGGCGAACCUUCGACCAAGUAACAGGAGAGCUAAUGAGGAAGCUGCUCAUGUAUAUUGGCGGAACCAAUGAACAAGGUGAGGCCAUGGGUACAGCAGCUCCCAUCAUAAUGACAGUGUACCCGCGAAACGAUGGGGUUUUCUCUCGCCGCUUGGUGGUGGCCAUCCGCAUUCCCACCAGCUACCAGCAAGAACCCCCGACUCCCACCGACAGUGCCAUCAGGAUUGAAGAGAGGCCCGGCAUGACCGUCUACGCUCUGCAGUUUGGAGGCUUCGCAGGGGAGAGCGAGUACAGAGCAGAGGCCCUGCGUUUGACACGUACCCUGGGCGAGACGGCCCCCUUUCAGCGCAAGCAGUACUUCUGCUGUAGCUAUGACCCGCUCAGGCCUUACGGACGCAGAAAUGAGGUUUGGUUCCUACAGGAGGAGCCAUAGACGGUCAGAUCUCGUGCUAAAUUCUUUAUUCAUUCUCCUCACUUACAGUCAUGUAACCCUAAAACUGAGUUUGGGUGUUUACAAAAAGGGACAACUUGGGAUUCAGUGGAGUAGUAAUUUUGUGAAACUGGCCUAAAGUGACCGAACGCCUCAGAGCAACUAUUUGGAGUUCUGCUUAGUAAAUUCAACAAUUUAAUAUAAAAUAAAUUCCAUGAGUUCAAACAGCAUCCACACUGCUGCUCACAUGUUUGGGGUUGAUUUGGAUUCAUCUAAGGCGCUAUGCAAGCAAACAAAAAUGUUCUAUAUGACAAUUAAUGAUUAAUGAAAUCGUGCAUUAUUUAUGACUUUCAGUGGAACAUCUAUCUAGACCUAUGGUGGUCAGUGUUCAGCAACCAUCCAUUAGAACAUUUUGUUCCUUGAUACAAGUUUAUUGUGUUAAAUCAUUAAGUGAUAAUCAGGAAAAGCUCAUUUCGCUUCACAGCUGAAUUGCAAGUGCUGAUUCAAGAAUCAACAGCAUUUGAGUGCUCAUUUAAAAAAAAAAAAAAAAAGGCUCUUUAAGCAGGAAACCAACAAAACCAAAGAUUUCAUAAAAGGUGUGUGCUACUUCCUUAACAGAACAGAGCAAUGUGGUUUUAACUGGAGCAGAAAGAGAAGUGGAAGGCUCUGGUAAACAGCUGAGAAAGAGGCCCGCGGUGCCUGCAGUCUGACAAACAGAUGCCUCCAAAGUCCUCAGCUGGACAGUUUCAUUAAGUGAUUUUUUUUUUUUAAAUAGAUGAAUUAAAAACAACUUUAUUGAUCUUCAUCGAUUCUCUAAUCAAAGAGGAGUUCUAAUGAUGAAUUUAUCUUUUAAAGUGAUGGCUGCUGAAAAUGGGCCUCUGUGUCUCUACACAGAUAUUGCAUUAAAAAUCAUUAAGUACAUUGAAAAUAGACAGAAAACAUAAAACUGAAGUGUUUUUCUUUACAAAAAAUUCCUAAUGAUCCCCAAACAUUUUCUCCAAGAUGGGGAGGGUACACUCACUGUCCACUUUAUCAGAUCUGUUCAACCGAUUGCUGGUGCAAAUAUCUAAUCAGCCAAUCACAUGGGAGCAACCUUAGUACGAAUUGUGCAUCCCCAUUGGCUUCCACCAUCAUCAGAUAAGCUGGUAGUCGGGCGUAGCAGUGAGUAAAGAUCUAAAAAGAAAUUACUGUUAAUUAAAUUGGAAAGUUACUGGGAUUUUUUAUAGGCAUAAGACUCAGAGGGUGAAUCUAAAUCCAAACAAAUCAGUCUCGUCAUUUCCUUUUGGAUUUACGUGUUUGUCCUUGAAGGUAUAUAAAGUCUCAGUAGCGCUCCCGUCUCCAUGAGUACACACGCUCCACACGUUCAUGCUAGUUUACAACUUAGUGAUGACUACAAAGAAAUGUAUAGCAUUAUUUAACGUACACGGUAGUAAAAACCACACAUCCUUUUCCUGAGUAAGGAACUGGAAAAAACAGGAGUUGAGCCAUAAAGUAGAAUUAGUGUUUAUAAUCAGUGGGUGCGUCUCUGUGAGUGAAACCUAGAUACAUAGCCACUGGUGUCGAUCUAAACUGUGAUUAUGCAUUGGUCCUGAAAGCAUUUGUGUGUAGUAGAUAUGUUGUGUUUUAUUGCAGUGCAUGAUAAUGCAAUCAUUACUUAUUAAGAUAUUUAAACUGUGUUAUGCGUACAAUGUGAUUCUCUGUGAUAAAACUGACCAUAUUGUUCAGAUUUGACAGUGUUUAAUAAUA